AAUUUGUUUUGUUUUUCCAAUUUCGUCUGCAUUGCGUCGCGUCGCGUCGCGCCCGCGGUUCCGUCCCCGCAGAGAGAGAGAAGAGAGAGAGUUGUUUUUCCGCAGCGAAGAGAUUUGUUUCUUUGAGAAACAAAAGACAAUUGUUUCGGAUCGCUGUUUGAACACACUCACAACCUCAGCAGCUGUGUUUGUCUGCUAUCCAUUACUCGAACUUCACCAAAAGAAAAAUUAAAUAAAAUCACAGAUGACCCUUCGCUUUCUUCAUCAGCUUCACAGACGCACACUCAACCACUGAUUCCCGUCCUCCCUCUCUCUCUCUCUCUCUCGAAUUCUGGAUGCUAACGGCGUCGAUUUGCCCCCUCCCGACACUUGUAACCGUCGCCGGGGUGUUCUGUAUACGGAGGUUUAAUAUGGGUUUUUACAAGCGUUGUUGGUUUUCAAAGUCCGAAGAAGCUUAAAUUGUUAUCAAAUGAGCGAUCUUUAAACGAGGAUCACCUCUUCAUGGCCUUGUCAUCUCCAUCAUCUUCGUCUUCAUCAUCGCCAUCGCCAUCGCCGUCGCCUUCUUUUUCUUCUUCUUCGCCGCCACCGCCAUUUUCGCACUCGAACCUCGAUCCGUCGGCGAUUGCCGCCGAGUGUUGGGCGGCGGCGGAGCUAACCACCAAGGAGAUACUAUGCCGGAUUCGGCCCAUUCUGGCGUCGGAGCAGAGCAGGAAGGAGAUUAUCGACUAUGUACAGACACUAAUUAGAUGCUCACUUGGUUGUGAGGUUUUUCCAUAUGGUUCAUUCCCACUAAAGACCUAUCUUCCGGAUGGAGACAUUGACUUGACUGCCCUUAGCAGUCCAAAUGUUGAGGAGGCUUUGGCCUAUGAUGUUUGCACUGUUCUGAAGGGGGAAGAGCAAAAUGAAAAUGCUGCAUAUGAAGUGAAAGAUGUCCAAUACAUUGGUGGUGCUGAGGUUAAACUUGUGAAAUGCCUUGUCCAGAAUGUUGUUGUUGAUAUUUCCUUCAAUCAGCUAGGGGGACUUUGUACGCUAUGUUUUCUUGAACAGGUUGAUCACAUUGUUGGCAAAGAUCAUCUCUUCAAACGCAGCAUUAUUCUAAUAAAAGCUUGGUGCUACUAUGAGAGUCGUAUUCUCGGUGCACAUCAUGGUCUGAUUUCAACAUAUGCUUUGGAAAUAUUGGUCCUAUAUGUCAUCCAUGUCUUCCAUUCUUCAUUAAAUGGCCCUUUAGCGGUUCUUUACAGAUUUUUGGAUUACUUCAGCAAAUUUGACUGGGAGAAUUACUGCAUCAGUUUAAAUGGUCCGGUUUGCAAAACUUCACUGCCUGAUGUAGUAGAUGAGGUUCAAGAAAAUUUUAUGGAUGAUUUAUUGCUCAGUGAAGAAUUUCUUAGAAGCUGGGUGGACAUAGUUCCAGUCCCAGUAAGGGUGCUUGAGACAAACUCGCGUGCUUUUCCCCAGAAGCAUCUUAAUAUAAUUGAUCCUCUAAAAGAAAACAACAAUCUUGGGCGCAGUGUUAAUAGAGGUAAUUUUUAUCGAAUACGUAGUGCUUUCAGAUAUGGAGCUCGUAAGCUUGGCUGGAUUCUUUUGUUACCAAGAGAAAGAAUAACAGGUGAGCUCCAUAAGUUCUUUGCAAAUACCAUGGAGAGGCAUAGGAGCAAGUCUGAGGUUGAUACACCGAAUCUUCUCCGAUUUUUUCCUGCUAAAGGGUAUCACCGUUCAUCCCCAGCAUCCCGCACCAGCAUGUGCUCUGAAGAUUUUAUUAGUUUACCGAAUGAAGACAAAAAUGCUUUGGGAAUCAGAAAUGAGCCUGAAAGAUCUUCAAUGGAAACGUUUUCCCCUCGGACAGCAUCAGAAGUUGAUUGCCCUGCAAGUGAAAAUUCUCUUUUAGAAUCUUAUCUUGCCGCUGGGGAUGCAAUAGAUGUCGCAACCUCUGGAUUUUACCAUGCUGCUUACACAUCUGAUUUUCUGCCUUCAAGCAGUGCUUUGCAUACUUUUCCUCAGGAUAAAUCUCACCAUGUACAUAAUUCUCAUUCCCCUGGCUUGAUUGCAGGAAAUGGGAAGAUAGAAAGUGAGAAUUUGUUUAGAAAAUUGCCUGAAAACCUAGUUAUUGAUGAUGAAGAAGCGUGUACCUUUUCUAAGCUGGAACACGAAGGGAAUCAUUUAGUGCCUGAUAAUUCAGUAUUUUCAUGCAAUAAUCACAAAGGUCUUGCUUCAGGUAGUAUGGCAAUCUCAAGUAAAGUCGGUUGCAUCUCAGAAAAUUCACCACUUACUUGUAGGAAGAGGGAUGUAGCUGGCAUUCCCGGACACUCUGAAGUUUUGAGAUCCUUUGUAGACCUCAGUGGGGAUUAUGAGAAUCAUAUCAGGAGUCUGCUCUUUGGUCAGUAUUGCCAUGGGUAUGCCCUGUCACCUCCUUUAUUGCCCAGUCCUCCCGUUUCACCUUCCAAGUUACCUCAUAAGAACCCAUGGGAUACUGCACAUCAAUCCCCUCAGUUCCAGCAGAAUUUGUAUUCUCAAAUGAAAACAAAUGGCAUUGUCCUGGGAUCACCAUUUUUCCAUUUGAAACAUCCCACACUAUAUGGUGCUGCAUUUAGUUUAGAAGAAAAGCCAAAAACGCGAGGCACAGGCACAUACUUUCCCAAGACGGACUAUCGUUCAUACAGGGACGGACCAACAUUGGGGAAGGAAAGGAGUCUGUCCACGGGAACUAAUGAUCACUUGCAGACUCAUAUUCGUAGCAAUGGGUCAAGAAUGGAUCCACCGGAGACAAAGUUGUCUGAAGAAGGCAGUUAUAAGUUCUCAAAGGCAGAAUUCCCAGAUCUAAGCCAUGCAAAGUGCAGGUCAUCAGACUUCAAUAACUCUCACUCUACAGUGCAGGGGUCUUCUCAAGGCAAUGGUGCUGUGCCCCUCCUACCCGGGAAACUGGAAUUUGGGUCUCUUGGGCAUUUGCCAUCUGGAGUACACUUGUCAAAAGGCAAAAUUCAUUCAGAUUCAGGGUCUCCCCGUGCUCAGGGCUCUGUCCCUCUCAUGCCAUCGGCAGUGAAGGAUUCGAGUUUACCAUUGGGUAAUUAUCAAGACAGGAUAGCAGGGCAGUCGUACCGCCUGAAAGAUGAUGACGAUUUUCCUCCAUUGUCCUAUAAAUGCCUGCAGAGGAUGGUUAACACAUAAGAACGGAAGAAACCAGCAUGAACAUGGAACAAGGUAUCCUUUUCUUUUUUGUGCUGUUUAUUUUGUGUGUACGAAAAAUGCACCUUGUACAUUCCUUUCCUCUCUUCUGUUUGUGCGGUUUUCGCUUUCUUUCUACACCCCCUCCUGUUGGGUUUUCGUUGAAUGGGGUGAUAGACAUGGUGAUGCUUCUUCGCCGAGAUUUUGUUUACUGUUCAACUGUUCUUGCUCUUUUUAAUGUUUUUUAUGGGAAACAGAAGUUUCCUUGUUUACAAACAAAAACAGCGUGUUGAAUUGGAAACCAGACGUUUCCAUGUCUGCCAAAAACACUUGUUUUGGAGAUGCGUACAUUUGUGGCAUUGAUUAUAAGGUUUUGAACAAUUGAUUUA